AUGCUCAAGAAAAAGUAUGAAGGUGGUGUAUUAGAAAUGUUUUUAACGGAAAGUCAAAAACAUUACUACACCGCAAUGAAGAAGUUAGGCAGGAAAAAGCCACAAAAAGUAAUAAAAAGGCCAAGGAAUCAAUUUCUUGCCAUGUUCUACGACCUAUCAAAUUCACGACGUUUUGAAAUAGCAAUAUUCGUGCUCAUAUUUCUUAAUAUGCUCACGAUGGGUAUAGAGCACUACGAUCAACCACAUUCUGUGUUCUUCGUAUUAGAAGUUAGUAACGCGUUUUUCACAACCGUGUUUGGUUUAGAAGCUAUAGUCAAAAUAGUCGGCUUACGAUAUCAUUAUUUCACCGUACCAUGGAACGUGUUUGAUUUUCUCCUAGUUUUAGCGUCUAUCUUAGGCAUUGUUAUGGAGGACAUUAUGAUCGACCUCCCCAUAUCUCCCACACUGUUGCGAGUAGUUCGAGUAUUUCGAAUUGGGAGAAUCUUAAGACUGAUUAAAGCCGCUAAGGGUAUUAGGAAACUUCUCUUCGCUUUAGUAGUAUCUCUCCCAGCACUGUUUAACAUAGGUGCCUUGCUCGCUUUAAUUACAUUCAUAUAUGCCAUCAUUGGUAUGUCAGUGUUCGGUCAUGUAAAAGAGCAGGGUGCUUUAGAUGAUAUUGUCAACUUUCAAACGUUCGGUAGAAGUAUGCAGUUACUCUUUCGUCUUAUGACCUCAGCAGGUUGGAACGAUGUACUUGAAUCGCUUAUGAUCCAGCCACCUGAUUGUGAAUUGGGAGAUAUUGGUCACAGCAACGGCAAUUGCGGAAGCCCCCUAUUAGCCAUUACAUAUUUUACAUCUUUUAUUAUUAUAAGUUAUAUGAUUGUGAUAAACAUGUAUAUUGCCAUCAUACUAGAGAACUUCAAUCAAGCCCACCAAGAGGAAGAAAUUGGUAUCGUGGAAGACGAUCUUGAGAUGUUUUAUAUUAGAUGGUCCAAAUAUGAUCCACAUGCGACCCAAUUUAUAAGUUUUGCUCAACUAUCAGAUUUCAUAGCAUCUCUAGACCCCCCAUUAGGUCAUGUGGAGGAAACAGAAACAUUUAGGCAGCUUCAAGAACAAAUGGACAUAAAGUUUAAGAAACAAUUUCCAACCAGAAAAGAAUUAGAGAUAGUGUCUUCCACUAGGAUAUGGAAAAGAGAAGACAAGGCAGCCCGUACAAUACAAAGAACUUGGAGGGAGUACGUAAAACGUAAGAACCGAAGCCCUUCUAACGAAGAGGAGAGUACGAAAUGGUCACCAGGGGGCGGUUGGGGUGGCCGGCUAAGCGCCUUGCUGCACGUUCGAAGAGGAUCCCAUGCUUCCAGUAGGAAAUCUUCUAGAGCCUCGGACGCUUCAGACUUGAGUGAGCUUGGUGGAGCUUGGCUUAAUUUGCCACUUCUUUUACUACCCGGAGCCGCACCCGGUGAACAGGCAAGUGGUUCCGACUCCGCACCUCCACGACGGAGAUCAGCUUAUGGCUUGCCCCUAUUUCUUCGCCAUCAAGACGCCGUCGAUGAAGAUGUCGGGCCCAAACGUGCAGAAAAGCAAAUUGAGAGCAGAAUAAAGGAGGAUCGCCAACCGCCAGCUCUGUUUCUUAGUUCACUUCGGAUAAUGUCGCGCCGGAACUCCGCGCGGCGGGCCACUACACCCGCGAGAGCGCGGACGCCCUCGCCCCACGCCAACAGCUCCGUCAGCAUCCUGGUGACGGAGGCCUCGCCAGAUGCCGCCCCGCCCCCCGCAGCGCCCCCCACAGUCGUCCGAGUGCUCGCCCCGCCCUCCGCAGCGCCCUCCACAGUCGUCCGAGUGCUAGUCCACCGCGAGAGUGACGAGCAGCCCAGC